AUGCCUAGAAAGCAAGUGUCAAACGACAGUAAAGGCGUCAAGCCUUCUGAAUUCAAAGCAAAACACAAUAAAGCACCACUUAUUGACCAGAUACCCUCCACAUCGUCCGCAUCGUCGUCGAGAUCGAUUGACGACAUUCCUGACGCAGAAAAACUUCGCUUGAUUGAUCAAACAGGCUUAUUACAAAAAGUGAAAAAACGAGAAGCGGAAUUAGCAAAGGAGAAAGGCUCUCCUACUGAAGGAAAACAGCAGCAGAUUGAUGAAAAAACGACAGAGCUACCUACUAGCACCUCAGAAUACAUCUGGCAGGCUAUAUUUCUGAGCAUACCCUUUGGCUUUUUGGUGGGCACCUUCGAUGUAACAGUUAAAGUACAAUAUAGCGAGCCAUGGACAUAUAUGGAUUUGAUAUUAAAGAGUAUAAAAAGUGCACCAGUAUUGGCACCGUUCAUCUAUUUAACUAAUCGUUAUAGGGCGAGUAAAUCAACCCAGACUUUGAUGUUCCUUGCGUCUUCUCUUAUAGGCUCUUUACUUAUGUAUACUUUACGCCAUUCACCUUCAAUGGGUCAAAUGAUGCGUGCACCAGGACUUGCUACUGUUUGGAUAUACUUUAUUGUCCAGCUUGAUCUAAUACCCGCCACUGUUAGUUUGAUUGUGGUAGCCAUUUAUUGGUAUUAUGGGCUUCGCGAUUAA